AUGGCAUCCUUACCACCCGGCACGCCCCGCGCCCCCCGCAAGCGCCGCAUCCGCACGCAAACCCACACCCUUCCCUUCCCCGACCACGCCGGCAACCCGGCUCUCCUCGUAUUCCGCAACCUAGUCUCAUGCCCGCUACCACCCCUCUACGCCUUUGCCAUCUAUUUCACGCAUGGCGAUGCGUCACCGGACAACGUGGAUGUAGCGGGCUUCUUCAGCGCGAUCGAUUCCAUGCAUGAGCCGUUGGAUAUCAGACUGGAAUUGUUCUUUUUGCGCAACGCGUCGGUGGAAGAAUGCGUUGAGCAUUACCGUGCCGAAAAGGAUAGCCGUGGGGACUACCGCGUUCAGAUCGCGGCGCUGGAGAUUAGGGAGUCAUCGAUUCCCUCUCGUCCCCUAGGUGAGGAAGCCGGAGCCGAUACCUCGAGGGUAGGUCCGCCGGGCUUCGUGCCCAGCUAUAUCGACUACCAUCGCACGUACCACGGUAUGCUCUACGUCUGCCCAGAAAAAGACUGGAACACAGGCAGGCAGGAGAUAUGCCACGUGCUAUUCGACCCGUUCAGCGCAGAAGAGUGGGCCGAAUGGCGCAGUCAGUCGGAGCCAGAGGUUCAACCGCCUAUGCAUUUGCGAUGGUUGCCGAUUGCGAGCGCGCCAGACUCAUCAUCUAACCCCCUCGUUGAUGUCGCGCAGGAAAUGCACCUCGUCUCGAAUUUGCAGAGGAUGAAUGUGACGACGGAGCCGUGGCAGCAGGCUAUGGAGAGGGGGUGGACGAGGUGGUAG